AUGCCAGACCGUCGCUGGGCCAAACUGAAGGCAAAGCUGUUAUUGCGGCGACGAUCGUCGACUUCAUCCGCUCCCGCCACCACCUCCUCCACCACCGUUCUGGCCGAACCCAAGAAUCCUAAUCUUAAUCACCAUGACCAUCACCUUUCCCCCCAGCAGUUGGACCAGUCCUCCGGCGACGGUGCCCUUCGCCGGCCCAUCAGUAACACCCGCCGCGCCCAGUCAUUACAGGCGGUGCCUCAACUCUCCGUCGACGAGCCCUGCGAUCCCGAAUCGAGUCCAGCUCCCGCCGCCGAUUCCUCCCGGCUCUCCGUGAUUGGCUCGAGGCCAGGGCGGUCUUACGGCCCUUUGGACGAGGAGAAAGAAUUGGACGACGACGACGACAUCGCCGCCGCCGCCACGACGAAACCUCCUCGCGAAGAACCGGUCGCUGAACAACGAGAGGGAAAACAGCACUCACUGGUUCAACCAGGUGCUGGUGCCGGUGCCGGUUCCAGUGCAGUCCGUCAGCGACAGCAAUUGGACGCGACUUUCGACCGUGUCCGCCCCGCGCCCAACAGGCGUCUCAGUCACAGUCCCUUCUCUGAGCACGUCCAUUCCCCACCCCCGACAGCAGCUCUAUCGCCCGAUCUGCUCCCUUCUCCAACUCCAACCCCUCCCCCAGUUUCUGAUCGCAUUGUCCCCGCGUCGUUUCAGCUCGGCUACACCCAAGGGCUCGAACGCCUGGGGCCUACGGUCGGGGAGCCCCAGUUGCCGGCGUUGGAUGUGGUUGCGGAGAAUCCUUCCGGUGAUCCAAGUUUCCAGCCCUCCAACCCUACACCUGCUACUUCAUUUCCCAAGCGUCCCAGCCUUGGCUCCCGUCGUCAGUCGCUGCUGGCCCCGUCGCAUCAGCAUCUGAUCAAUAGCUUGUUGGAUACCGGGCUUACGACGGAACACGACACUCCCGCCAACGGUCGCCUCGCCACCUUUAGCACAGGCAUGGCACGCAAAAUCUGGGUUAAGCGGCCAGGCGGGUCGGCCACGUUGGUCCCGAUCUCAGUGGAUUCGUUGGUGGAUGAGCUACGGGACCAGGUUAUUAUGAAGUAUUCGAAUUCCCUGGGCAGAACUUUUGACGCCCCCGACAUUGUCAUCCGCAUCGCUCCACGAGACGGUUCGAAUCGGCAAGCAACUCCCGAUCGGAUGUUGAGCCCGGAGGAACCGUUAGCUACGGUGGUGGACUCAUAUUAUCCGGGGGGUCAAGCGAUUGAAGAGGCUCUGAUCAUCGAGAUCCCUCAGCGUCGCACGCCCAAACCCUCUCCGCGCCAUUCGGUGUAUUACAACCAUCAUUCCGAACCGGGCGAGCAUGGCGAAUACUUCCCCCUGAUGCCGGCGAACCCCAAUGUCCCAACGCCGCCGACUCAUCCGUCGAACUCAACAGCCAGUGUAAAUGCGCAUCCCGCUCCGUCAAUAUCUAUAUUGACGACAGGAAUGGCGCCGCCGUUGCCCUCUCCAGGGAGUCGUGGGAGUCGACAUCCCCGUCGGCCGCCCCUGACUCGGCACGCUACGAACUCGCCCACCAUACUCAGUCAGGCACCGGUACCAAAAGAUGCUGGUGUUGCUUCCGCUGUCAUACCUCCUCCACCGGCCCCAUCCAUCCCGACUCCGCCAGGUCCACCACCGGAAUCCCCUCAGACUAAGUCCCUCACCCCUCCAGCACGCGGUGCGUCGCCACGCCCACGCCCUUCAACGUCUUCUGCGAAGCCAAAAAAGACCAGCGCGCCACUAUCCUUGAGUGGGGCCUUUGGAGGCCUUAUUGAGGGCACUGUGCCGCCAAUCAACGUCCUGAUUGUUGAGGACAAUAACAUCAACCAGCGGCUUUUGGAGGCCUUUAUGAAACGUCUUAGCGUCCGGUGGAAGUGUGCUGCUAAUGGCGCUGAGGCCGUGAAGAAAUGGCGCCAAGGCGGUUUCCAUCUCGUACUGAUGGAUAUCCAGCUGCCUGUCAUGAAUGGUUUGGAUGCAACAAAAGAGAUCCGCAGGCUCGAGCGCUUAAACGGCGUCGGAGUGUUUCCCAAGACCGCCGAUGGCCGGUCGAGUGCUGCAACCGCCAAUUUAGCAUCACCACCAGCAAUCGCCGGCAAUAGUGACCCAUUGAAGGAGGAAGACACAUUGCACGAUUUGUCUCUGUUCAAAAGUCCUGUCAUUAUUGUAGCCUUAACGGCCAGCAGUUUGCAGAGUGACCGUCAUGAGGCGCUGGCGGCUGGCUGCAACGACUUCUUGACCAAGCCCGUCCGAUUUGAAUGGCUGGAACAGAAAGUGACGGAAUGGGGUUGCAUGCAAGCGUUGAUCGACUUUGAAGGUUGGCGCAAAUGGCGCGGAUAUGCCGAUGAUACUCUACCGUCGCCUACUUCUGAAGGCCAUACAAGUCCCAUGCAGACGGGGGGAGAUGGAGCUUUGCGGAAAUUCUCACCCGUCGUUCCGCCAUCUCCAUCUUCUACCCUGAGUCAAGGAGCCAACAAACGGGACCGCAAAGCCCCCAGCUUCCCUAAACCCAUUGAUGUUACUCCCGAAGACUCCUCGGGCAGUGGUAGCGGAGAGGGAUUGGACUCGCCAGGCAGUCCCUUGACAUCGGUCCCUGUGGCCGACGGCCCCGCGGAUCUUGAUGUACUAUAA